AUGUGCUCCCUGGACAUCAUGUCAAGAUCAGCAAGGCACUUGAUGGGCAACAUCUUUGGGAGAUGCCGGCAGGCUGUGUCUUUCUCUCAGGGCAUUGGAGCUCUGUGCCAUAACAGCGUUCAAUUGGGAGCCUCAUGUCCCAUACCACAGAGUCGAACUUUCACUACGUCAUGGUUAUCCCUGAAACAGAUGCCCUCACGGCCCAAACCACCCCCAGAGACCGAAAUUGAAGAGGCUUUCCUGAAGGGUAGCGGGCCGGGAGGACAAAAGAUUAACAAGACGAACUCUGCCGUCCAACUGAGGCACAUACCAACCGGUAUCGUCGUCAAAUGCCAGGAAACCCGCUCCCGGGAUCAAAACAGAAAGAUAGCCAGGCAAAUUCUGGCUACGAGGCUAGAUGACCUGAACAAUGGUGACCAGAGUCGAUCCGCUAUUGUGGGUGCGCACAAGGUGAAGAAGAGGGCCAGUGCUGCCAAAAAGAGCGCGCGCAAGUACAGGAAGCUCGAGGAGAAGAAUAAAGAGGCCAACGAUAAAGUAGAUGCCGUAGCAGAGGAUUCUGUCACGAAUCUCGAAAAAGAGGACACGGACAAGCCUAAGGACUGA